ACAUGUCUGCUAUCGCUUCCUCUACCGCUGCAGUGUCCCAGACAUCAGCGUCUUCUGCGUCGACGUCUGGCAGAAUCAGAACGAGAAUCCAUCUUCCAAGCUCUCUGUCCCUUCACCUACUUGGUGUAUUUCCGGCAGGUGUGUUGUCGGGUCGUGGCAUUGGCUUUGGAGCGUUCCGCGAUGAUGCGCCGCUGCUCACAAGCCCUCAACGGUGAUGACGGCCUGUUUUGACUAGCUCUUUGUACUCAAGCACGCAACCUUGUUGAUUUACACGAGACAAAGCCUCGCUGCGCUCCAGAAUUCGGUUUGACUUGCUUCCAAUCAGCUCGAUAUACUCGCUUGGAAGGCACUACCGAGGACUCUUGAUCGUGCGACUUGCUCACUAGGGUA